AUGAGCUUCCAAAUUGUGUUUUUGAGCGUUUUAACGGGUUCUAUUUUAAAUUUGAACUAUGUCGUCGUUUGCCAUGAUCGCGAUAAGCAUUAUAAUGAAACCACCAUAUUCACCUUCCAAGAUGUUAAAUAUUGUGCUAAAAAUGAAUUUUUUGAUAUGAAUUAUUUUCGCUGUGUCCCCUGCAAUAUAUUGGGAGAAAAUUUACAACCUACCGUGGAUAAAUUUACAUGCUCAUGCAGAAUGUCAAAUCUCUCACCGACGGUAACAACAAUUUACGAUACUGUCAAGGCAUAUCGAACUUGUGGAAAUAUUUGCAAUGACACCCAUAGCUCGAAACCCACCAAAAAUGUCACUGUACUGCGACCACAAUAUUGCCAAACUAAUCAGGAAAUGCUUCCAAAACUGCAAUGCAAAUAUAAAUAUGUAAAUCGUACCCGAACUGCGGCAGCGGUGGAUUUUUCCAAAUCUAUUGAAGUCGCUAAUAUCAAUUGGCAAUAUGAUGGCCUAUGCGAUAAAUGUGAUCUGGAGUACAAUUUCCAAUACCAGGGCUAUUGUAUAGCAAAUGGUCUGUUAAGACCAUUCCUAAACUAUAAUUCCUUUUGGCAGGCGACCCGACAACAUUUUGGUGAUUUGAAAUUUGUUGCAUUCUUUUGCAUGGCUUUAAAUAAUUAUACAGCCUGCAAUCAUUUGGCGAAUUUGUGUAUUUUGUCAUUUUAUUCAUUCGAUAAAAAUUCGCCAUGUAGUAAAUUCCUUUUAUCACAAGCAUCGGAUGUAGUUUAUCGCUAUGGCGGAGCUGAUGAACAAAUGUCGCAUCAACAAAUUAAACCAUUUUUGUAUUAUCGCAAAGGCAAAGAAAUGGCUAAGGAACUGAGGGAGCCCAUUAGGGAUAUACGUUUUAGUUUGGACGAGAAAAUCGAGAACAAUCGUAUACAUUUGUUCAGUGUUCAAUAUGCCCUGGAUGGUAGUCUACAGAGAUGGGGAAAAUUGCGACUUCAAGACUUACUCGUAUGUCCUUUUUACAAAAAUGAAAUGGUGCUGAGGGAAAAUGCCAUUAGAUUUGCUCACAAAUACGAUGUCAUAGAGUGUGAUCUCACCUUGGAACAUAUGUUGGAUAUGGCCAAAAUGCAUGGCAAUCAGCGAUUUAUGGGUUUAUUUUUAAAUUAUUCAAGAGUUGAUGAACCGGAUAAAAUGAUAUUGCACGCAAUACCAAUAUUGAUUGAAGAUAUAACACUGGAAAAUAAGCGCCCCCAAAAAGAAGAUUGGCAAUUGGUGAAACGUUUUCAAAUGAUUGAAACACACGCACGUCACGGUUCCAUUACAUCAAAAAUAUCUCCAACCUAUGAAGAUGUCCACAAUCUGUUACUCUAUCGUUCAUUGCGUUAUGUUGAACGUCUGGAAAUACACUAUGAUAUUUACGAUGAUAAUCGUAUAUCUAUACCGAUUGUGAAAUUACGAUAUCGUCAUAUUGAAUUCACCAACAAUACCACAUUGGAUAUGCCUUUGAAAUUCCAAUUUAUUAUUAGCCAUCAACGUAUUGAAUUGGAUGGCGCUGGUAGUAGCGGAGAGUUGGUUAAUGAAAUUAUGUUACCAUUGCUCCUGAUUUUGGCUGUGAUUGGUGCCCUCAUACGUGCUCGCAAUACCCGCCAAAGACGUUGUUUGUCAACGGCAACUAAUAGUGAAGAUUUUUGUCAUUUUGCUUAUUUUACAGAGUUCCUUUUGCAUUUAAUAUCCUAUAUGGCUAUUGUUUUUCUGUUGUGUUUUCUUUUGUGCAUUGCCAUUAAUUCUUUGACGUAUUUGACCCAGACUACCGUGGAAUUGACAGUGCCAAUUGUCAAAGAUCAGCGUUCAUUGGAGAUUAUAAUUUAUGCUGCUUUGGUUUUAAAGUUGAUAUUUGUUUUUAUCUACUUUUGGCGUUUAUCACACUUCAACAUCUUCUUCAUUGACUGGGAACGUCCCCGAUGUGGUGAUACAAAUCACUACAAUUUGAAAAAUAAUCUUGAAACUUCUUCCGUUUGUUCGAGUGUGCGCACCUAUGUGAGUGAAACGAAUGUCUCGGCAUGGCGUAGUAUUUUCCUGGCCAAUGAAUGGAUAUAUUUAUGUGGCAAACAAAAAACAUCGACAUUGAUGCAAAGCAUUGUCACAUAUGUUAUAAUAAAGAUCUUUAAUAUUUCAAAUCGAACACAAAAUGACAUUACCUUGGAAGUAUUUUACAUAACACUUAUCUAUUUAUGUGGCUAUAUACUACAAUAUGUAUUUAAAUCGCUGAUUUUACAACGCCUAUUUGGAAAUCGUUUGCAAAAAUUUGCCGAACACUGUUCAUUGGCAAAUAUUUCCGUAUUUGUAUUGUUUGAACCAUCCUAUGGUUUUUAUAUACAUGGUCGUUCUCCACAUGGUUUUGCCGAUUCGGAUAUGACCACAAUGAUAAUGCAGCUGCAGCGAGAGACUCAGAGUAUGUGUGGACGUCGUGGUUUACUUAGUGACACCGAUCAGUGUUACAUUAUAAUGCCACCUAGAAAUCUAAACAAUUAUUUUGAUAAACUGUUGCUGCCAUAUCAACGAUCCUUUACUGUCACCGCUAGUGGAGGAGGAAAUACAACAAAUUAUCCAAAGAAAUUGAAUACAAUAGAAGGUUCGCUAGAGAAAACAUCGAUUGCGUUCAGCAGUGUGAAUCGUUUCUUUUGUGCUUUCAUUGAUCAUGGCAUUAAGGACAUGGAUUAUAUUAUCAAGGAAAAAACUUUUCUGGAAAAUCUUCUCAAUUGCGAAUUUGAUAAUUAUUUAACCGAUCACAAAGGAACAUUCUACAUUGAUAAAAAUCUAUCGUUUAGUCAAAUGUUUCUCUAUGGCAACGAAUUACAAAUAUUUGUUGUGCAAUUUUUAUUGUUCUUGUCAGUGUAUUUAAUGUUUCGCUCAUUAUUAAUUGCUACAAUAAUAAUUUAUUUUUUUAAUAAGAUAUUUCAAAUGCUAUUUGUUGGUUCCAUUAAGGAAAAUGUCUCCAAUAAAACAUUAAUUGAUAAAAGAUUUUUAAUAUAA